UAAAAUUUCUUGUGUUUGUCACUUGAGUGUCUAAGUUGGGAGUUGUUAGCAAAUUAGACCUUCUUGUAUUCGACAUCGAGCACUUGUGAUUUCUGGCGCGACAGUAUCUAAUUUUUUUUGUUUGUUUUUUUGUAGUAUGCGGUAUGCAUAAAUGGUCUGGGAUUUCCAAAUUUACGCUUUUCAAGAGUUAAAAUUUGGUGAAUUUUUCUUGAUGAGAAAGAUAAACAUGAGGGGCGCGACAAAUGCAUAAAAGGGUGGGAAAAAAAACAACGAAGACAAGAAUUGAAGCGAUUAUAAUUCACAGAUAAAAGCUGCCCGUCGCGUGGUCGCUAUAUAAGGAACUGACCAUUAUGAAACUGAAUCCAUUAGGCAUCGUGUCUCUUGUUUAUCUGUAUAUAGUGAUAAAGUUGCCAGGUUGAUUAGCGUCAACCCCUUCCUAUAUCACGUCCAUUGACUUCGACCUUUUAUUGAAAUACUUCUCGAUGACUACGUGAUAUUCUUUACAAUUUUAAUUGAUGAAAUACAGCUCAUUAUAAAUAAACAAGGUUUUAUUUUAUAUUCUUUAUUGUUUAGACUCAGUUAGCGAUAUGCAUGUCUUAUUUCGACUUUCCAUCCGUUAGUGAUGUGUUCUUUUUGCGAAUAAAAAGAUACCACUUAUUUUUUAAAAAAGGUUUCAGUGAUAUUCGAGUUGACUGCAAUUGCAUCAAGGCUCUUGAUGUUGGGAUAUAGAUAUAGAUAUAUGUGAAGUAGAUAAUUGUCUUGGUUAGAACAUUGCUUUAGCAGGGACAGCUGACAUGCUAAUUAGCUGUACGUAAUAAAGGAAAAGUUCCUGGGGCGAUAGCCUCCAUUAGUGGAGUACAUAUCCUGUGUGAAAAGUGGCAGCCACAAGUUUGAGAGCAUGUAGCCACAAACACAAUAAAACACUUAAGAGAAACGUUGACACAAAAGUGUUUGUUGACAGAAUUAACACCAAUCAGCUCAGAGCUUUGAAUGAUAGAUAAGCUAUAGACUGGAGUUUAUUACAUGAGAAAUUGCUGUCCAUUCCAUGGAGUAGAACGAUCGAAGAACGAAAUGAAAAGCUAGUCUCUUUUGUCAGAGAUAUCAUAAGAUAUCUUAUAAGAUAUCUUAACUAAACAGUUCCGCAUUUGGAAUUAUACAACAGACAUUGAUUGCCCGUGUGAGUGGAUAUCGGAACAAGGUGAACAGCAUUUCUUUAAACAAGGCGAAUCUGAGGCGGACGGAGGUCGAUCGUAAUUUCUCGGUAAAGAUCGUGACUACAUCCAUAGAUCAAAAACUGUCAGGAUCUGCUCGGCAAGUUCCUGAUCGCUGAUGAACAGCAAGUUGUAGUCAGCCAAGCUGUACAAGUGAAACCAUCGUAUGCUGUGAAACUCUCUCAAGACAAAAUGCGUACCGAUAACACAAGCUGUUCAUUCAAUGAGAACAAGACUGAAUUCAACCAAAGCCAUCAGGCGGACGAUGACUUCGGCGACGAAGAUCAGUACACACCUUACUUCAGUCCUAAACACGAUAUAAUUGGAAUUCUCAUGGCACUCAUCAUUGUGCUUCUUAACUCGUGGGUCUUCGUCCUUGUGGCCAAAAAACGAUCGUUGAGGACUCCAACUAAUUUCUUUCUGGUCGGAUUAGCAGCGAGUGAUUUUCUCACUGGUCUUAUUAGUUUACCGCUCAGCAUUACGUGUAACAUCUUCCAAGAGCAUGGAAUGUGCUUCACUACAAUUUACAUUUGGAUGUUCACCUCAUUCUUGGCCGUAUCGCAUAUUUCAGCCGUCACUGCUGAUCGCUUUAUAGCCAUUAUGUUUUCUCUUCGCUAUCCACAGAUUGUGACGAAACACCGAAGUUACAUCGCCCUCGGGUUCGUGUGGGUCAGCUCGCUCCUCGUUUCCCUGAUGCAGUUAUGGUGGCUGAGACCGGCAAAUUACGAUCCACAGGAAAGCGUCCCCGAGGAUCAACGACAGAACGAAGUUGCUUUCAGCAUCGCUUGUUUUGUAGUGUAUCUUGGGAUACCUGUUGCGUUCAUGGCUUUCACUUAUCUGAUGAUUCUACGCGAAGUGCGACGACAGAGUCGACGGGAAUUUCUCAACGUUCCAGCUGAUGUGAAGGAGCAGCGACAAUGGAGAAAGCGAGAGGGAAAAGCAGCGUCUAUUUUCCUAGUCAUGUUUCUUACUCACGUGAUGUGCUGGUUACCUUUCUUCUUGCUAAGAUACCAGCAAGCGUACGAUGCAUUUUUUCUUCCGAUGUGGGCCGAGUACAUGUUCGGAUAUCUUCGAUUUGCCUCGUCGUUUCUAAACCCUUGCUUCUAUGUGUUCGGCAAACACGACUUUCGUAAAGCAUGGGAUUAUCCUUGUAAAGAGCAAGGAAGAAAUCGUGCAAAAUCGGAUUUGGUUAUGAUAAUGAGCAGUCAUGUUUGAAUCUGGUUCAUUUACAUUUCAGAUGGUACUGAAAAGACGGUCACCAUCUCGUCACUAUUUAUCUGGUGUGAUUCUUUCUUACAGUCAAUUAAGAAAAUACAAUCUACGACAGGCCAGUUGCCAGAAUCAGGCUGCUAAGAACUUCUGUAACAAAAGCACGUCCUAGAUGAGCAUUUUUAGCGAUAGUAAGCUAAGUGGUUAAAACAUUGAUCAAGAUAAAUUGACACAUUGGACAAGGCAAAUAGAGUACAUUGUAGUCAAUAUAUUGUAGUCCGCCGAACGCAACCACCUUUCAUCGCUCUUCACAACUUCGUAGCCGCAUUGUGCGACUGAAGAUAUAAAUUUGCUUGUCAGUUGAACUUGAGGGCAAGAUUUAUGAAGCUAUUAGGUAAUAAAAUUGCAAGGUCUAGGAUAAUUAACAUUACUUUAUAGUCAGUCAGUCAGUCAGUCCGUCAGUCGGUUAGUCAGUCAGUUAAACCGUCUUAGCAUAGUAUUUUCCUAAAGGAGGUCGACCUCUCAUAAAGAUUACGAAACGACGCUGAACAGAACUGGCUGAGUUAUUGCUAGGGAUAUAUAUAGCCAUGUUCCAAUAUCCCCGAGUGUACAUUAUGUUUGUGUUUUGCUUGUGGAUUAAAACUUGACUGGCGGGGAUGUUAUGGAAUAAGAUUUCAUUUUAACUUCUGCGUGCAAAGAUGUAGGUUGAUGAGAAAUCCAGGAAAUACUUGCACGUGAUAAUUUUUAAGUAAAAAUCCUGCACUAAUUGAAAUAAAUAAAAAUAAAUUGAAUUCCA